GGUGCCUUUGCUUGUAAAAUGGUCCCAUUUGUUCAAUCUACUGCUAUUGUCACUGAAAUCCUCACAAUGACAUGUAUUGCUGUGGAAAGACAUCAGGGAAUCAUACAUCCUCUGAAGAUGAAAUGGCAAUACACAAACAGAAGAGCAUUCACCAUGCUAGGUAUCGUGUGGUUAACAGCAGCAAUUGUUGGUGUACCUAUGUGGCACGUACAGCGUUUAGAGAUUAAAUAUGACUUUUUGUAUGAGAAACAGUACGUGUGCUGCUUGGAAAAAUGGAACAGACUUGUUCACCAGAAAAUCUACACAACCUUUAUUCUAGUGAUCCUGUUUCUCCUUCCACUAACAUUGAUGCUUCUGCUC